GGGCUCCCCAGCCUCCAGGCACAGCCCCUGCGGGAGGGGACUCCUCCUCCAGACUGGGCCUCCUUGGAGCUCCGUUGUGAUCCAGGUGACAGAGCCGAUGCCGGCCCCUCCGGCCAGACGCGCCCGGGGCUCAGGGUCAGCUCUGCCUCUGCCCCUGUCUCUGGCCCUGGCCUGGGUUCUCUUGGAACCAGCUCGCUCCCAGCAAUGUCCAUCUGGGAACCCCCUCGUCCACCAGUUCCUGGAGAUCGGGGCUGACCAGCGGGUCCCCGCCCAGCACCGGGUCCCAUGCUCACUGGAUCCGCUCUACAGCAUCGUCCGGCGCUACCUGGAUGUGAUCCAGCAGAACCCCUUCCCCACAGUCGGGGUGCUGAUCGGAGCGGUGCUGGCGGCGGGGGUCGACCGCCAAACGACAUUUUCAGCAGACUGGAAAAUCAAAGGAAAACUCCUUUUGGCGUUAACGACUUGUGGGAACCGUUCCCCUGGCUACCAGCUGAGAACUGGGACAGAGCAACAGGCCAGGAACCCUCCGGUGGUGCACUACCAGGUGGGCUAUGUGGUCUGCGCCGUGAUUGCUGCGCUCUUCUUCGUGGCGGUGCCGGUGACCGGCCUGUGCUUCUGCUGCUGCCGGCGCCGGCGGCGCUGCGGGGGGCACAUCAAGGCCUAUCGCCGCUCCCUCGCCUGCUGGCGCAACCUCCUCACGGUCCGCCUCUUCCUCACCACCGCCAUAGUGAGGGCGCGGGUCUCACCACUGAGCCCUGGCCCGCCACGGACCUGCCCCUGCGGCCCUUCGUCUCUGCCCCGCCCCUGCCAGCCCAGCGCUGGAGCUGAGGGCUUGGCCCCGGCCCGGGCCAUGACGGUCGAUUCGGUCUCCUUGGGGCACUGCGCACAGGUGACCUGGUCUGGCCUCGUCCCCCGCAGGGCCGGCGUGAUCUGCGCUUUCGUUGCCAACCACUGGGUGAAGGAGCAGAUGGAGCCCGGCGCCCGAGCCGUGCCAGCCACGUUCCGCACUUUGAGGCAGCACGUUAGCAGCAUCCCCCAGGGGGUGCAGUCCGUGGUGGAGCAGUUUGCGGUGCCCAGGCAGCAAAUGAUCAGCGACCUGGACAGCAUCAGCCGCAGCCUCGGCCUCUCGGUCCAUUCGCUGCUGAAGGAGCAGGUGCACUCAGCGCUGGAGGCCGUGCAGGGCAGAGCCCAAGACCUACAGAACUCGCGGCACCACAUGGAGAGUCUCAACAAGACCGUGGGGACGCUGACUCAUUACCAGGGCGAGCUGGGCCUGGCGCUGAGAGGCCGCAAGGAGAGCGCGCUCUCCCUCCUGGACGAUCCGCGCUGCACAUCCUGUGCCAGGGCGCUGGACAAAGCCCAGCAGCUGGAGCUGGGAGCCGACUACAGGAGGGUUCCUUCGGUGGAAAAGGUUUUGAAGACGCUGCACAGUCUCCCCAAGGCGAACUUCCCAGACUUGAUCCGCCAGGGCAACAGCACCUUCAACUCCAUCCCAGGCCACACUGUGGGGAAGAUGGCCCGGCUCGUGCAGGAGCUAAAGGACGAAGUGAACCAGGCCAGCGGGAAACUUCAGUCUCUGGCAGACAGCUUCCCCGUGGCCAGGCACACGCAGCCCCUGACGGACGCCCUGAUGCAGGCAGAGCAGAGGAGCCGCCCUUACCUUCAGGAGGUGACACGCUAUGAAAGAUACAGGUGGAUUGUGGGCAUCCUGCUGUGCUCCGUGGUGCUGCUGGUGGUGGUCUGCAACCUCCUGGGCCUGUCCCUCGGGAUGUGGGGGCUCGCCAGGCGGGAGGAUCCCAGCGACUACGAAUGCAGAGGAGCGGCUGGGGCCAAACUCCUCUUGGUCGGCGUUGGCUUCAGCUUCCUCUUCUCCGGGCUCCUGGUUCUCCUGGUCUUCGCCACGUUCCUGGUGGGGGGCAACGUGCAGACGCUGCUGUGUAAGAACUGGGCCAAUCGGGAGAUUUACAAGUUCAUCGACACUCCGGGGAACCUGCCUCCAUCCAUGAACAUCACCCAGCAACUCGGCCUGAAGAGGAACCUUAACCUAAGCUCUGCUUACCAGAGGUGCAAGAAGAGCGCAGGCCUCUGGGAAGUUCUGCAGCUCACAGACCCCUACAGUCUCGAGGAUCAUCUCCACGUCUCCCAGUAUGCCAGAGACUUCCAGAAGCGCCUUGAGAACUUCAACGUCCAGUUUGAUGAAAUCUACCUCCUGGACGGGGCCGGGCGGCAGGACCUGGAGACCUUCCGGCAGAGCGGGCUGGACCAGCUGGACUACCCCGCGUUCCGGGCAGAGAUGCAGAACCCAGUGGUGAGGACAAGCCUGGACGACCUAGCCAAGGAUCUCGAGGGCCUCCAAAAGAUUCAGAACAACAGCACCAUGGCCGCGCGGCUGGCCAGCGAGGCCCAGGCCCUGCGGAAAAUCCAGAACACCACCGUGCUCACCCAGGACGCCCUUGUGGCGAAGCUGAACGAGAGUGUGCACUUCCUAUCGGCCAUGGCCCCCCACCUCCAGCUCCUCUUGAAACAGACCAUGGCCGAGAUCACCCUUGUCGAGACCUUGCUCCCCGCGAAGGCGCAGCGACACCUGAGGCAGGAGAUUGGCUGCUUCACGAGGAAACAACUGGGCCAUUUCUCACAGUACCUGAACUGGGUGCGGCGCACGCUGACUGAGGAUGUGGCCUCCUGCCAGCCCCUUGCCACGGCGCUGGAUAACGGCCGGGUGAUCCUGUGCGACCGCAUCGCCGAGCCCUGGAACGCCUUCUGGUUCAGCCUGGGCUGCUGCACCUUCUUCCUCAUCCCCAGCAUCAUCUUCGCCAUCAAGCUCACCAAGCACUUCCUCCCCAUCAGGAACCGGCUGGUCUCUACUGCCUCGGAGGAGACCUACCCCUUCCACAUCCCCCGCGUGACAGCUCUCAAGCUGUAGGAAGGCGCCGCUGGCGUUUCCAGGUCCCUUGGGGAAAGUGCUGGCUUCCUCCCCGUCCAGAACCGCCCAAUCAGAGACACUGCCCUUCCACCCUGCCUCGCCCUCCCCGGGAUGCUUCUGGGAGAGGCUCCUACAACGUCGGCCCCAGCUUGGAC